AUGUCAAGCACGACAACGACGACGGCCACUCAGGCCAUAACUGCAGAAAAUGUCACUACUAUCUUCCCGGAUGUCGACCCCGGCCUUGCGCAGGCUUUUUCCCGAAGACAGAAUGGCCCCUCUGCGCGUGAGGGUGGCGAACUGGAGGGGUACGAUGAGGAGCAAAUCCGUCUCAUGGAUGAAGUGUGCAUUGUGCUAGAUGAGAAUGACCAGCCCAUUGGCAGUGCCAGCAAGAAGACAUGCCAUCUAAUGACCAACAUUGAGCGCGGACUUCUUCACCGCGCGUUCUCCGUCUUCCUCUUUGAUUCCCAGAAGCGAUUGUUACUCCAACAGCGCGCGUCAGAGAAAAUCACUUUCCCAGACAUGUGGACAAAUACCUGCUGCUCACACCCACUUGGCAUUCCCGGUGAAACUGGCGUAGAGUUCGAAGCUGCCGUGCAAGGGGUUCGGAGAGCUGCGCAGAGAAAACUGGAUCACGAGUUGGGGAUCAAGGCGGAGCAAGUCCCACUUGAGAAGUUCGAUUUUCUGACCAGGAUACACUACAAGGCUCCCAGCGACGGCAAGUGGGCAGAACAUGAGAGUAAGCAAACAAAUGUCUUUGAUUGA